AUGGCCUUUGCGCUGGAGAAAAUAGCGACCCCUUCCUCUCUGCUUCUGUACCCGGCUGCUGGAUUUUGCCUCAUCUACGUGCUGCUGAAAGCAAUCCAGCUCUAUCGGAAGAGACAACAGCUCCUCAAAGCUUUUGAGAGUUUCCCAGGUCCCCCCAGCCACUGGCUGUAUGGCCACAGCUCUCAGAUUUCUCAAAGUGGAGAAUUAAAUCAGUUGCUGUCUUGGGCAAAAGAGUACCCCUAUGCCUACCCCAGAUGGAUUGGAGGUUUCAUGGCUUCCUUAACAGUCAACCACCCUGACUAUGCCAAAACUGUGUUUGGCCAUGGAGAUCCCAAGGGUCUUACAACCUACAAAUUCCUUAUUCCCUGGAUUGGCAAGGGAUUACUGAUCUUACAUGGGCCAAAGUGGUUCCAGCAUCGAAGGCUGCUGACACCAGGGUUUCAUUAUGAUGUGCUGAAACCUUAUGUCUCAUUGAUGGCAGAGUCUACCAAAGUGAUGCUGGAUAAGUGGGAACGGCUGAUCACGGUGGAUAAAUCAGUGGAGCUCUUUGAACAUGUCAGCUUGAUGACCCUGGACAGCAUCAUGAAAUGUGCCUUCAGUUGUCAUAGCAACUGCCAGACUGACAGUGAUUCAGACUACUACAUCAAAGCAGUCUAUGAUCUGACCUACCUGGUGUUUCAUAGAAUCCGCUUUUUCCCAUUUCAUAAUGAUUUCAUCUAUCGAAUCAGUUCUCAAGGACGUCGCUUUCAGGAGGCCUGCCGACUAGCACACCAGCAUACAGAUAAAGUAAUAAAAGAGAGAAAGACGUCCCUCCAAGAUCAGCAAGAACUUGAAAAGAUCCAGAAGAAGAAGUACUUGGAUUUUCUGGACAUUCUUCUGUGUGCCAAGGAUGAAAAUGGAGCUGGAUUAUCCGAUGAAGACCUACGUGCUGAGGUGGACACGUUUAUGUUUGAGGGUCAUGAUACCACGGCCAGUGGGGUCUCCUGGCUCUUGUACUGCAUGGCCCUGCAUCCAGAGCACCAGCAGAGAUGCAGGGAAGAAAUCAAGGAGAUUCUGGGAGACAGAGACACCAUUCAGUGGGAUGACCUUGGCAAAAUGACUUACAGCACCAUGUGCAUCAAGGAGAGCCUUCGCCUUUACCCUCCGGUACCUGGAGUAUCCAGACUGCUCAGCAAACCCAUCACGUUCCACGAUGGACGAACCAUGCCAGAAGGUUCUCUGGUUGCAGUGAGCAUUUAUUCUCUUCAUAGGAACCCAACUGUAUGGCAAGAUCCAGAGGUGUUUGAUCCCAUGAGGUUUUCACCAGAGAACGUGUCCAAGAGGCAUUCCCAUGCUUUCCUGCCCUUCGCAGCUGGAGCACGGAACUGCAUCGGGAAGCAGUUUGCCAUGAAUGAGCUGAAAGUGGCUCUCGCUCUGACUCUGCUCCGCUUUGAGCUGGCUCCUGAUCCAGCCAAACCGCCCAAGGAAAUACCACAGAUUGUCCUCAAGUCCAGCAAUGGGAUCCACCUGCUCUUGAGGAAACUUCCCUGA